CUAUUCCGACUAACGAAUUCUCUCACCUCUUCCCUUACAUCAGCAGCAGAUCCCCAUUAUGUGAUUACAGUUCCUGUAAACUUACAGCAGGGGACCGAGGAGAAAGCCUGCGUGACCUUCCUCGACCUGAAGGAAGAGGUUCACCUCAAAAUAGAGCUGAAGAAAGAUGACCAAAAUCAUACUAUAACUGAAUGUAAAAUAAGCACUCAUGAUCAUUCAGAGUGCUAUAUCUUCCAGGUCCCAUUGAUAAAAGAGGAUAAUUCAGUCUGGCAGGUACAUGUAUCUGCACAUGGAGAACAUAUCAAUGUGGAUGAAAGCAAGAAAGUUGUUAUUGUAAAAAAAAGUGAUGUGUGCAUUGUUCAGACUGAUAAGUCCACUUACAAGCCAGGAGAUAUAGUGAGAUUCCGGGUGAUGUCUGUAAAUCAUGAAUUUCUACCCUUAAAUAAAAAGUAUCCUUUGGUUGAAAUAAGAGACACAAAUAGAAACCGCAUAGCUCAGUGGCUGGAUGUGUCUACAGAGCAAGGAUUCGCUGACUUCAGCUUCCAUCUGUCGCACGAACUAGAGUUUGGAGACUACAAAAUUAAUAUACCUAAUAGCUGUGGAAAAUACUUUACUGUUGAUAAAUAUGUGUUGAGGAGGUGGGAGUUAAAAAUCGAUGCCCCAUCCGAAGUAUUCCUGGCAGAUAAGUCCGUUCACCUGGAAGUUUGCGGCAGUUAUAUUUAUGGAAAGCCAGUAGAAGGCAAAAUUGACCUUUCAGUGUGUCUUGAACAUCUAACUCAUUUUGGUUACGCUUACUGUGGAGUAGAAGCGGAAGAAAAAGAAGAAGAAAAAGAAGAUCCUCAUAAGUGCAUAAUAAUUAAGGAAGAGACUGAUAGCAAAGGAUGCGUCUCCAGAGAUAUCCCGCUUGAUACUUUGAAAUCGUCACCAUCAUCCACACAGCUCAUCAGUUAUUUAAAUAUUGAUACUAAACUGACAGAAGCCAGCACAGGUCAUAGCGAAAAAGCAUCACUUGAAAUUUACCUCUCCCCAGUACAUAAAAUUAUAAAUUUUUUGGAAUGUGAACAUUUUUACCAUAAAGAAUUUCCAUAUCAUUGCAAGGUUCAAGUCAUUGAGAACAAAAAACCCUUGGCCAAUGAAGCCAUAACCGUUAGUGCAUUAAAACCGGAAGACGGUUCUGAAAUCACAUCUGUAUCUGUGGUGACUGAUUCAAAUGGAAUUGCACAGUUUACAUUCAACACCUCCGGGUGGGAUGAGUAUCUUUCUUUGAAUGCACGUCUCACAUCUUAUGUUCCUGUGAAAGAUGAUGAUGAUGCAAUUUAUCCUUUCCAACAUACCCCCCAAGACUGGUUGUGGCUUUCAGCCCUUUAUUCUAAAAGUGAAAGUAUGCUGUCUAUACAAAACCAUCCAGAGGAAAUUUCAUGCCAUUCUGAGCAGUCAUUGACGGUGGACUAUGAAAUCCAUAGGAAAAACCUGGAGUCUGAUAGCGAUCAUCUCCACUUUUUUGAAAUUCUUUUAACCAAAAGUGGGAUCUUCUCUUACAAGGAACAUAAAGUACAUAUUAAAGACCAAGAAAAUACUUGCCAACAUAUACAUGGUUCAUUCCCUGUUAAGUUCCAUGUUGAUGAUGAUUUCUUCCCUGCAUUCAAUCUUUUCGUUUUCUCUGUUCUGCCCAAUGGAGAGACCGUUGCUGACACUACAACUUUCAAUGUCUCACCAUGUCCACAAAGCAAGGUGAAACUUAGCUUCUCUGAAGAACAAGUCCGACCUGGGGAAGACGUGAAUCUGGAAGUUACCGCAGUUGCUGGAACCUUGUGCUCCGUGCGUUCUGUAGAUAAAGGAUACUUGCUGCAAAAACCUCAUGAUGACAGUUAUCUAGUUACAGAAAUGACUCAAACAUUGAGGAAUGCUAUUCAAUCCAAUGAAUACGCAUAUCUAUCAAGGGACCCUGAAGUACGCCAGUGCCCUGAGAAUACUACUAUGGAAGAGGAGUACAGAACUGAUGUUUUCCGUUUAUUUGAAAAAAACCAUCUAAAGAUUUUUACCAACACUCAGAUAAAGGCACCACUGAAAUGCAGCACACAUGAAUUUGCUCAACGUUCCUAUACGCUAAAGAAAACUGAAAAGAAAGAUAAUGAGAAAGAGAUCCAGAAACGAUUUCCUAGAAGAAACUUUCCAGACAUCUGGCUGUAUGAUUUGAUUUCUGUGGGCUCAGACGGACACACUGUACUGAAUCGAACUACACCAGACAGUAUCACUAAGUGGGUGACUGAUGCUGUCUGCUUGGGAAAGUCUGGUGUUGCCAGUGUCAAGGAUGUUGAGCUUACCGCCUUCCAAAAUUACUUCAUUGACCUGAUUGUCCCCUACUCUGUAGUACAAGGAGAGAAAUUUACCAUACAAGCCGUGGUCUUCAGCUAUGCAAAGAAAUGUAUUCUGAUUGUCACCUCAUUGGCUGAUUCUGAAGACCUUAUAACAGUCAAAGAUAAGGAGCAGGCCAGAUGUGUCUGUGAGGGGCAUUCGCACAGCUUCACCUGGGAUGUCUCAGCCAAAAAAACAAAGACACUAAAGAUUGAGGUUGACAGUGGAUCUCUAGAAGUGGAAGGUGAUUGUACCCAAGAUGCUCUUCUGAUCGGAAAGGACCGCCGAAAGGACUCUGUGGAGAAAACCAUUGUGGUCAAGCAAAAAGGAUACGAAGAGGAGAUUGCACAGACAUUCCUUAUUUUACCAUCAGACAACCAUGAGGGAAUUGCUAUUAACAUCAAUACUCCAAAGAGACUAGUACCCGACUCUGAACGUGCCCACCUCAUAAUUCAGGGUGAUAUCAUGGCCAAUGUUGUAGCUAACUUGGACGAUGUCCACCGGAUGCCUGAAGGAUGUGGAGAGCAGAACGCAGCAAAGAUAUUAAGAUAUGUGGUCACACUGAACUAUCUCGAGAGCAUACAUGAACUAACACCUGAACAAAAAGCCAAGUCUCUAGAAUUUUUGGCUGAAGGUUAUCAAAAACAGCUCACAUUAAGGACUGAAAAUGGAUCCUAUGCAAUGUUUCAUGGGGCUCAUGAAGAUAUAUGGCUAACGGCAUUCACAAUCAAGUCUUUAAGUGCUGCUCAGAAGUACAUCUACAUAAAUGAAAACCACAUUCAACAGGCUGUGAAGUGGCUGCAUAGCAAGCAAUGCCUGAUGGCUGCUUCAGAACCGAUGAAAGUUACUUCAACAACUACUUUGAUUAAAUAA